UUUUGGGUACGGACAUACUGACCUUUCAGAAAGUGUAGAAUCUCCCUCCAGCAAUCAUUAAACCAUGGGAGGAUGAGAAGUUGUCUUUAUUCAAGAAUGUAUUUUGCAUACAGCCUUGAAAAUGCCUUUCCCUUUCCCCUUCCCUCCCUGAAGAGGACAGACAUUAACAAGGUGUUGUGCGUGCUGCAUUUACUGUGAAAAUUCCCAAGGCAGCUGUACCAAGAUAAAGAGGAAGUUGUUUUAUGGAUGAAUACAGUAGGACCCUACCACAAUCGCCAAGAAACAUACAAAUACUUCUCUCUUCCUUUCUGUGUGGGAUCAAAAAAAAGCAUCAGUCAUUACCAUGAAACCCUAGGAGAAGCACUUCAAGGAGUUGAAUUGGAAUUUAGUGGUCUUGACAUCAAAUUUAAAGACGAUGUAAUGCAGACUACUUACUGUGAAAUUGACUUGGACAAAGGAAGAAGAGAUGCAUUUGUGUAUGCUAUCAAAAAUCACUAUUGGUACCAGAUGUAUAUUGAUGACUUGCCAAUAUGGGGUAUUGUUGGAGAAGCAGAUGAAAAUGGAGAGGAUUAUUACCUUUGGACUUACAAAAAACUUGAAAUCGGUUACAAUGGAAACAGAAUUGUAGAUGUCAAUCUGACCAGUGAAGGAAAGGUGAAAUUGGUACCAAACACAAAAAUCCAGAUGUCAUAUUCAGUGAAAUGGAAGAAAUCAGACGUGAAGUUUGAAGACCGAUUUGACAAGUAUCUUGACCCAUCUUUUUUUCAGCACAGAAUUCACUGGUUUUCAAUUUUCAAUUCUUUUAUGAUGGUGAUCUUUCUGGUUGGCCUAGUGUCUAUGAUAUUAAUGAGAACUUUGCGAAAAGAUUAUGCAAGAUACAGCAAGGAGGAAGAAAUGGAUGAUAUGGACAGAGAUCUAGGAGAUGAGUAUGGGUGGAAGCAGGUCCAUGGAGAUGUUUUUAGACCAUCCAGUCAUCCUCUAAUAUUUUCAUCGCUUAUUGGUUCUGGUUGUCAAAUUUUUGCUGUCUCUCUUAUAGUCAUUGUUGUUGCAAUGAUAGAAGAUUUAUACACAGAGAGAGGAUCAAUGCUUAGUACAGCUAUAUUUGUUUAUGCUGCAACGUCGCCAGUGAAUGGAUAUUUUGGAGGAAGCCUUUAUGCUAGACAAGGAGGAAGGCGAUGGAUAAAGCAGAUGUUCAUUGGAGCCUUCCUUAUUCCAGCAAUGGUGUGUGGAACUGCCUUCUUCAUUAACUUCAUUGCCAUCUAUUAUCAUGCUUCAAGAGCUAUACCCUUUGGAACUAUGGUGGCAGUGUGCUGUAUUUGUUUCUUUGUCAUUCUUCCACUGAACCUUGUUGGUACAAUUCUUGGCCGAAAUCUGUCAGGACAGCCUAAUUUUCCAUGUCGUGUCAACGCAGUGCCUCGUCCCAUACCAGAGAAAAAAUGGUUCAUGGAACCAGCUGUUAUUGUUUGCCUAGGUGGAAUCCUCCCUUUUGGAUCAAUUUUUAUUGAAAUGUAUUUCAUUUUUACUUCAUUCUGGGCUUACAAGAUCUACUAUGUUUAUGGCUUUAUGAUGUUGGUUCUGGUUAUCCUCUGCAUUGUGACAGUUUGUGUGACUAUCGUUUGUACCUAUUUCCUGCUAAACGCAGAGGAUUACAGGUGGCAAUGGACAAGCUUUCUUUCUGCGGCAUCAACUGCGAUUUAUGUUUACAUGUACUCCUUUUACUACUACUUUUUCAAGACAAAGAUGUAUGGCUUGUUUCAAACAUCAUUUUACUUCGGUUAUAUGGCAGUAUUUAGCACAGCUUUGGGAAUAAUGUGUGGAGCUAUUGGUUACAUGGGAACAAGUGCCUUUGUUCGUAAAAUCUACACUAAUGUGAAAAUUGACUAAGGAAAUAAGAAAAUUGAACUAUGGAUCAGUUCCUGUUUUCAUGGGGAUGAACUUGCACAACAAAAAGCGCGAGAAGAGAUUUGGGUUUUUAACACUGGGCACUAUAUGGGUCUCCGUUUUGUGGAUGGCUUAAAGUAACAUCUAUUUCAUUGAUCCUAGGUUCUUACUGACUGCUUUCUCCAACUGUUCACAGCAAAUGCUUGGAUUAUAUGCAGUAGGCAUUACUACAGUACGUGGCUAAUCUUCCCCCCCCCAAAAAAAACAAAAAACAAAAAACCUAGCUCAUUAAAGAUGAAUAGACUAGCUCUCUUCAGUGAAGAGGACAAACGGUUUAUUUAAAGCAUUUGUUCCAUUCAAUAAAAAGAGGGAAACUUGGCUGCUAAAACUACUUGAUUAGUAGUCUUCCUGGUACUUAACAUUUCUAAAUUAUGUAAAAAUGCCGUUCCAGAAAGAUUACUCUUCUGAUUUUUACUGCCAUUGCCAGGAUAGGAGGUAUGUUUUAUAUUUUGACUCCAGGUGCUUUUUGGUUUAUUUGCGCUAUCAAAUAUACCCUACACUCAUUUGUUUAAAAAAUAAUUUAAAAAUAUAUAAAAAACCCAUAUGCAUGUAAUAUAUCAGCUAUUGUUCUAGUUGGACCAACUUCCCUUUAUUUAUCUUUAAAGUAACAUCCAGCUACAUCUUAAAUCCAUCCAAAGAAAAUACAGUCUGAAGACGGGAUGUGUUCUCUGCAAUGCAAUUUACUGUACAGUUAGAAAGCAAAAUGUUGAAUGAAGAGGAUUGUUUGUUUUUUAAUAAACGCUUUGAGGUCUAGAUUAAAACAAAACCAUCAUUUUAACUGAAUGUCUAAAGUGAUUCUCCUUUUUUCCAAGUUAGUCUUGCAUUUUUUUUUUUGUUUGGGUUUGAAUGAAAAUUUUCCUUUAGACCUUAUACAAGGGGUAAUAAGUGUAUAUAACAUUAAAUAAUGUAACUUAGGUGUAGAUCCCAAAUGUAUUUGGAUGUACAGAUUUACUACAGAGUACUUUUCUGAUGAUUCGGUGUAAAAAUGUGUGAAUUUGGGUGGCUUUUUACAUCUUGCCUGCCAUUGCAUGAAAAGUUGGGGUUUCUUCACAAUGUGUGUAUGUCAUGAUUUUCUGUUCUAUUUCCUUUCUCAAGCUCUUACAGGAAUUAAAUUUGUAAUUUAGAACAUUUUAAUUUUUGUUAAUCCUAUCUGGACACUUGUGCAACAUCAAAAGCACAGUUGCUUUAGAGUGUUCAGAAAAUAAAAUAAACUUUUCAGACAAAAAUGUUCUGAUUGUGAAAAUAGAUGAGUUUGCAAUUGAAAAUGUUUGAAAAGGCAAUACUGUUGAACGCCAGUUUCUGUAUACAAUAUUAGUGUGGUUUUCAAAUAUCAAAACCCCAUGCUUUGAAUUCAGAAUUUGCUUACAACUGUAUGGUACAAUACAGCUCCAAAGCGGAUGACCAGCCCAAAAAGAUUCUUCUUGGCUGAACUGUUUGUGGAGAAAUCUGUUUUGUGAUCCAGCUAGUGUACUGAGAAAAGUGGGGGCAAGUGUGGACUGAAAUAAAUGGGCAAAUAAAGGUUAAGUCUUUCUAAAAUGACUGUUAAUUAUGCACUGUAUGUAGCUAGAAAUAUCCUGAAUGUGUUUGUGACAGAUUUGAGAGCCAGUCGGCUUGGGGUUUUUUGUUUGGUUUGGGUUUUGUUUUUUUUUUUCUUUUGUAGGCAUCUGCCACAUAAGGAUGUCUUCAUCAGUGUGGCUGUCUGAAAUAGAGCACCUGCUGUGGAGAAGGCAGCUUCCUGAAUUUAAAAAAUGAGCAAAGUAUUUGUAUUGAUUAGGACUGUAUUGUCCCUAUAUAAAAAGUACUGAUAAUGCAGUAGCCACAAUGAGAAACAACCGUGCUUUGGCAGUGUCGGGUUGGAGGCUGGGAGAACUGAACUGAUAGGUAAUAGUGAGAAGCAAUGCAUCCUGGUGUAUAUGGCUUCUGAAAAGUAUCUGAGCUUUCAGCUCUGAUUUCCCUGGCCAAUUUUAACCAAUUGGUCAGAAAAUAAUUAAGUUUUGCUUCAAGUGAGUGCUUGGUGUCUGUAGCUGAACACUGUGCCAUUUAAAAGAUAAUUCUUUUUUUUUAAAGUACAGGCUGAUUUUAAGAUGAGCUUGUAAACUGGGUCAACAGUUAGUUUUCCUUUGUUCCAAAACAUGGAGACUUAAAGCAAAGAAUGGGUUUUGUACUAGUUCUUGCUAGUGCAUACAGCUGUGGGAAGCCCUCUUUUCAUCCAUGUUCUUCUAAAUCUGAAGUGAGAAGCCAUUAUCUCCACACAAUAAAUACAUUAAGUACUCCACUGAGAUACAAGUUUUUUAAAGGGAAUAUUUUGAUAAUGGGUCUGUUUCUCUAUUUAGAGCAGUGCUAUGUGAUUAGUCUAUCAGAAAUGUCACUAAACCGUUUGUGAAUUUCAUUUAAUCACUUUUUAAUGCCACAGAAUGGUGGGCUGCCUACUUGCUUUCUCUAUCCUCUGGCAUUAUUAGCUUUCGCAUACCCAGAUAGGAUUGUAUAGCUUUUAAAGUGACAUUGAAAAGAUACUUACUGCACAGGCAUUGCUUUUGUUUCUGCAAGCACGUUCCUCUGGAGAAGUACUGUGUUUAAAUAAUUGACAUUUUUCUACUUCCACCCUAGCGCGUAAGUUGGGGGUUUGCUUUGUUUUCCCCCUUCCUUUUGGUUUCUGAAGGAGUGCAAAAUGUGACCAGUUUUCGACAGCUUGUCUUUAUGGUUGCUAUUUGGGGCAAGGCUAUUUAUUUGCCCCCCAAAAACUGUGGGUAUAGCUUGAACCAUCUUGCUUAAUAGAAUUCGGAAGCUCUCUGCUUAGAUGAUGUAGUCCUUCCUCUUUUAUGGAAGAAAUAAAGAUCUUACAGCCAACACUCCUCUUUCCAUGGUUGUUUCUUAGGAGUUUCUGGUUCUUGAAUUCAAGCUUUUUGAUAACUCUCCAGUUGGCCACUCAGUGCUUCUCUUCCCACUUCUGGUACAGAGGCCAGAGAAUUGGGUAAAUAGUUGGGUAGCAAUAGCCAAUCUUGAUCAAAUGCUUCAGAUAAAUACAAUUGUAAAUCUUUUCAAUUGAGGCAGAGUGCAUAUAGAAAGCAUCUCUGGUACUUCAUGUAUGAAAAGUGGUGAACACUGGUUUGGAGAUAAUGGAGACUGCAAAUAAACAUUACAUUACACUCUUUUUUUGAUGUCUGAAUGUUUUGAAGCAACAGUGUCUAUUAAUUCCUCUCCAGAAUUAACAUUCCAAAGUGUGUAAAGGGCACACAAUUAAAUUGUUUUCUGUA